AUGUGGCCCAACUAUGGAGGACUGAGGCAAGGAGGUCAGAAUUGGGGGCAAGAGAAUCAACAAUAUAGACCAGAACAGCAGCAGUACAAUAAUAGCAUCAAUCCUGGAGCCAUGCGACCCCAGGGUCAAGUUGUGCCUUACCAAAGGAAUGUUGCAACAACUCAUGCCGGCGGGAAAAUGGAAGAAAAGGUCCACCAGAUACAAGAAAAGAUAUCGAUCGCUCUGAAUAAUUAUCCCCAAGGGAUGUUACCUGAAGACACCCAUGUCAAUCCAAAAGAUCAGGGCCCGAAGCAGCUUAUGGCAGUGAGUCUAAGAAAUAGUAGAGACCUAGAUCUAGAGCAAGAAAUUGCUCGCAAAAGCCGACCAACUAAAACAUUGGUGCCAGUACCCAUUGAGGUAGAUGAUUUAACAGGGUUAACUGAGGUAACGAUACAACAUGUACAAGAGAGCACAAGCAAGGAAAAAGAGGUUGCGAAGGAGACUGAGGUGAACAUUCCACUGAUUUACGCCCUGAGGGAGAUACGUGGGUAUGCCAAAAUGAUGAAGGAUAUGAUGUCUCGCAAGUUCGACUUCCAAGACUUGGCCACUGUUACACUAGCCCAGACCUGUAGUGUUGUCGUGACGAGACCUAUAGCUAAGAAGUUGUCUGACCCAGGGAGUUUCACUAUCCCAUGCACAAUAGACAGCUAUGCUUUUGCUAAAGCAUUGUCCGACCGAACAGUAAAGAGACUAUCAGGAAUCCUUGAUGAUGUAUUAGUGGGGGUUGGAAAGUUUGUGUUCCCAGCAGAUUUUGUCAUUCUGGACCGUCGGGUUGAUGAGGAGAUUCCCAUAAUUUUGGGAAGACCAUUAUUGGCCACUGGGAUAGCUUUAAUUGGUUGUGAAACUGGAGAGCUAAAAUUGAGAUUGAAUGAUAAAGAGAUAACAUUCAAUGAAGAACAACUUUUGCAGGUAUUGAUAGAGUGCAAAACUGCAAUUGGUUGGACCAUUGCAGACAUUAAGGGUAUCAUCCCGGCUUUCUGUAUGCAUAAGAUUUUAUUGGAAGAUGGCCACAAACCUUCCAGAGAAAGAAGUCGUGAAAGAGGAGGUGAUAAAGUGGUUAGAUGCGGGAAUCAUUUCCCCCCAUCUCUGACAUCAAUUGAAUUAGCCCAGUUCAAUGUGUGCCAAAGAAAGGUGGAAUGA